AUGGAUCAAGAUGACUGGUUGGGAACGCUAAGAUACGCCGAUCAGGCGCAGGAAAAGGUUUCCGUUGACACUAUAAUGCUCCGGUACCGACCGAUCGCUCCAAAACCGACGUCUGGGCAGCCAUGCGCCGCAGGAGAUAACAAUAACAGCAGCAGAUCAUACGGUAUGAGCAAAAGAACCAAACGGAAGUACGUUAGGGCUUCGAAGAAUAAUCAAACCACGUGUCGAGGGAAGACCAGAUCUGACUUCUCUGACGAGCAGAACCAAACUGGAGUCGUGACGCUGCAACUCUUGCCGGAAAAAUCCGAUCUCUCCGGUGAAUACAUGCCGUUGGAUCAGGAUAGCCUCGAUCCGACGAUGGAAACAAUAACCGGAGAUAAAACACUAGAAACCAACACGUGGGCCAUGUUUAACGGCGGCGUCACGCCGGAGGUCGAGACGUGGGUGACGGUGGAGGCCGUCACAGGCGUAUGUGACGGUAGUACGAGUUCCCAUGCUGUGAAGUGUACCGACGUUGAGAUGGUGGACAAUCUAGGUAAAGACACGUGUCCGGCUUUCGUAUCGGAUGUCUCGAACCGCGUGGUGUGGGUUAACGAAGCUUACCGGAGAACCGUUUCCGGUGAGGGGUCAUCGUCGUCGCCGGAUGUUGUGGUGUGGUUGGUGGCGGAGGAGUCUACAGUGGCGAUGUAUUGUAACUAUCGAGCUUUCACGUGUAGGGUGAGGAUGCAAUACACGUGGCAGGAUACAAAAUACACCAAAACGGUGCCGUGUGAUGUAUGGAAAUUGGAGUUUGGUGGCUUUGCAUGGAGGCUAGACACAACAGCUGCUCUGACUCUCUGGCUUUGA